AUGGCUGAGAAGACUGCUUUCAAGCAUUACAGCAAAGCGCAAUCUUCCUUCAAGCCUCCGUUGAUCGCCAACGAAAACGCCUUUCUUGGCGAUGUGUACUCCAGCGACAAGAAUGAUGCCGAGAAACCAAUCUCCUGCGGCUUCUACCGGCUCGAGGCAGGCACCCCACUGGUCUACACAUACACCUAUCACGAGAUGAAGAUCGUUGUGGAGGGAGAAUUCGACAUUUCCGACGAGACGGGCCAGGAGGUCCACGCCGUGGCGGGAGAUGUAUUUUAUUUCCCCAAGGGCGCGGUCAUUACCUUCAAGACAAAGACGUAUGGCCUGGCCUUCUACACCGGCCAGCGGAGUGAGGGAGGUGCAUGA